AUGCUUUCCAUAAUUGAAACUAAUAUCCGCGUGUCUUACGUUAUUUACAAUAAUUUAAUGCGGUUUUUUUGAAUAUUGUGAUUAGAAAAUGAGUGUGACAAAGUUUUUAAAAUUUAUUAAUUUAUCUAGGAUUAAUGAUUCCAAAGAUUUUCUUGGUAUUUCUCCUGGUGGUAGUAAUGGAAGUGUAAUAAUUACAUUGAGUAGAAAUAUUGUUAUUGUUGUUAAGAUAUCCACGCAACAACAGAUUUGUAGCUGGUCGACGCAAGAAAAAUUGUCUUCAAAAGUUAUCUUUGACAAUUCAAGUAACAAAUAUGUAGGAAUCUUCGGAAACCGAUAUAUUCGUUGUUGGGACGCCUCUGUUACUGAUAUAAAUUCGAUAAAAAAAUUUAAGUUGCAGAAAUAUGUUGUGGAUAUCAUACCAAGCAAAGACGAACCAAUAAUUCUUUAUAGUGACGGCUAUUGGGAUCGACUUUCAAAAGCUCUUUCAUUACUAAGAGAAUCACAUUCUAUUCCUGAUUCAUCGGAAACCGCACAUCAAAAAUGUGGUAACAUUAAGGACGCAAAUACAAAUUUUUGUAUUGAUGGAGAACAAGUUCUAACCUAUUUUGUACCAUCUGGAGACAGUAAGGAAAUAGAACUUGUAAUUAUGCCAUUAAAAAGUGGUGGAAAAAGAAAGAGUUUAAAAAUUGGGCGAAAGGACAUUACAGCCAGUUUAUCAGGUUAUGCUAUAGUUGAAGGAGAGAAUAAUUGUGUAUUGCUAACAAUUUGGUCAGACCGCAGACUAUUUCUACUUAACCUAGAUGAAUGCAUGGAAUCGGAACAUUCUCCGGGCAAUUUCGUAGCCGUUAUUUCAACACUUAACGUUGAUUCUCCACUAUCGAUUUUAGGAAUAGCUAAGAAUUGCGUAGCAAUUUAUGGUGCAAAUAAUAAUCAAGAAGGCGCUUCGUUAUUAUUAUAUAAUACACAGUUCAAAGUAGUCAAAGCACAACAGUAUUUUAAAGUGUUCUUCGAUUCUUCUCGCAUUUGGAUAAUUGACGACAAUAUUCUGUUAGCUAUGGGUCAAAAUUUAUCUGUUGUAACAUACCGCAUGCCCCAAGAACUUUUGGUUGAUUUACUUGGAACUUAUCAUUGUGAAAACCCCAUUAGAAUUGAAGGUGAUCUUAUAAAUGAGGAGGAUUAUCUUCAAUCUAUUUGCUCAUAUAAAGAAAAUGUAUCCCCUGUGAACACAAGUAACUAUGAGUCCCUUACGAAUAUUCAAGAUUAUAGAAAUCAUCUUCCAACAUCCCAUGACACUUCAUACAAUUACUAUGAUUUAAGAGAAAAAAGUAAGCCGUUUAUAAAAGUUGAUCAAGGGAAAUGCUUUCUAAAUAAUACAAUUACUGUGCAGGAAUCGAAAUUGGAAACAGAUCUAAUCAACAGAACACUAUUUGAGUUUUUUAUUCAUCAAUUAGAAAAUUAUGGAACUACUAAAGAAGAAGUUUCAGAAAAACUUCUUUUUUUGUUGGAAAAAUGCGGGGCCACUUCUAAAAUGACGAGCUUAUUAAGUCGAUUGUCAAGCGCGCCUUUAUCUGUAUUUGCUAAGGUUUUUUUCUCUAUUCUUAUGAAAAGGAGUUCCAACUCUACAUACGAAAGUUUUACUGCAGCCAUGUUAAGAGCGUGUUGUCUUGAAACCGGCAUUCAACCAUUACAAGCUGCUAAAAUUAAUAAUUUUAGAAGUGAUUUGAGUUCAUUUGAUUUGAUAUUCCUACUUGAUUACUUUUAUAAUCAACUUAGCCAACUAUCAACGUCAUCCUCCGAAAUCUGCAAUAUGAAAUUAGAAAUGAGAAUCUUUUAUUGGUUUGAUAUUUUGCUAAAUGCAUAUUUUCAGCAGCUGCUAUUGUCAAAGGAUAAUAAAGUAUUUGAAUUACUUUUAAAGUGGGCGGAUUUAAUUUCUUCAUACCGAAAUCAAAUAAAAAUGCUGGAAGACUUAGAAACACGACUUUAUAAUCUUGUCCAAAAAGAAUACUUUGUAGAAAAUUCAAACUCCUUUCUGUGGUACAGCAUUGAAGAUUUAUGUUUUUGAAAUAAUUACCGAGUUAGAGAAAUGUUUUAAAUUUCUUUAAUGUAUGUUAAAUGUUUUAAGUUUCUUUGAAUUGCGUAAUAAGACCAACUCUUCAGCAAACUAUAUUUUACAACAAGAGUUUACCAUCGUCUUUUCGAGAUUUAUUUAAAAAAAUUUUCGUCAACGAUAAAAAUAAUAAAAUAUACUGAAUCUUUAUACUGUUAGCUUUGUAUUAAGAUAAUUGUAUAAGUCAAACUGUUUUGAAAAUAAACAAAUUUGUAGUAAUUUUGUACUAGUAAAUGUUACAUUAAUUAAUUAACAAUAAAGAAGUUGUGCGAUAAAUUUGGUGGCCA